GAUGGGUAAGUGCUGCACUAGAGGGACGUUCCAUCUGUCAUGAUGCAUAUCAGGCAGCCUACUGAGCCGCAAUGCGAUAGAGGUGAGCGAUGUAUGUCACUGAGGCUCAUCGGCCCUGGAUGGAAAACAAUAAGUCCGAAAAUUGAAAUCUGGAAGCAUUGCGAGCAUCUCGGUCAGCUUCUUAAUGUGCUUCCUUGUAUGCAAGUUACAAGAGCGCCAACAUAGAAGAGGAUACAAAGAUUGCGCGCGGAGAUGUUGCUUUACGAGGCUCUGCGGGGAACCAAUGUAGUUGAUGUCAUUGAGAUACGUAUGUCGUUCAUCUGCAAUAUAUGUUAAGCUCUCUCCGUACUGUUCUCCGUACUUUGGACAUUAGUGCAAAGUUCCUUUAUACUUGGACAGAUCCCAGUCAAUCGCUCGCUGGAAACGAAAAUGGUCCUCAAACUGAUUUCUGCCACUCCGUCCCCCUACGCUCGGAAGGUGCGGAUUGCAUUGGCGGAGAAAUCAAUCCCCUUUGAGCUUGUCACUGAAGUGCCAUGGGACAAGACAACCCAGACACCACAAUAUAAUCCCUUGGAGAAGCUACCGGUCCUCAUUGACACUGAAGCCAAAGACCCCGAAGAUGGCUCAGUAUAUGAGUCGCACUUCAUUCUAGACUGGAUCGAAUACAAAUAUCGAGCGCCGGAAUAUGUUAGUCUGACCCCGGACACGAGGGACGGCGAACUAUUCGCGAAGAAAGUUCAAGUCAUCGCAGAUGGCGUGUGCGACGCGUGCGUUUUGAUGUUCUUCGAGAAACAGCGGUCGUCGCCCUCUGAAGAAUGGACAUCUCGACAACGACGCAAAGUUGACGGUGGGUUGAAGCAACUUGCAAAGUGGGCUGGGGAUAAAGAGUUCCUUCUCGAUGACAAAUUCACCAUGGCCGAUGUUGCCGCAGGUUGUGUACUGGGCUACCUCCGGGUACGGUUUGCUGAGCACCCCUGGCAAGAAACCUAUCCCAACUUGAAGAGGUAUAGUGAUGGUCUGGAAGCGAGGAAAUCUUUCAAGGAUACUGUCCCGACGCCGCAAGAUAUAAGCGACAAGAUCGUUUGAUCGGCCGAAGAGGUGACUGCCGGAAACUGCUGCCUCGUCCGAUAUAGUCGUGAUGAGGUUGACGUGAGAGGCCUGCCCGUCUGGACCGCGGCGUCGGCUGAGUUGCGGUAACUUUUGUGUCCAUGC